GGAUGCUGUGUGGGCUUCUUAUUCCUCCGCAGUUUAAGUCGAGGCAUAAUUUUACUCCGAGUCAAUCGGCCGAAACACUCGUUAAAUGCACAAACUCGGUUGUUGACUGAAUGCAACUCUGUUUUUCCUUUGGCACACUAUCAGACAUCAACAGAGUUCCGAUAUUUUUAGUGACGUCAGGUCCGUGGGGGGAGGGGACUGUGAGUGAGCAGUGAAGUCAUGGUGGGAGGUAGAAGAAUCUUGGGUGUGUGUGAAUUGUGAUGUUCUAGUGUGAAUUUUGUUAGUUUGACAGAUCGUCGACUGUUUUCAUUGCAUUUUGUGGAUAUACUGACUUCAUACUAGAAAAGAUUCAUGUUAUUUUAGAGGAGAAGAUACGUAUCUGACGAGAUGGCUACCCUGUCUUUACGAAUCAGCAUUGUCGAGAAAAAUGUCACCAAAACGAUGCAGUUUGAUCCUAACACCUCGGUUUACGAUGCUUGUCGAGUCAUCCGUGAAAAGAUAACCGAAGCCAACUUGGGACAGCCCAAGGAUUACGGGUUGUUCCUAGCAGAUGAAGAUGUGAAGAAAGGGGUUUGGCUGGAGCCAGGUCGAAAUCUUGACUAUUACAUCCUCCGCAAUGGGGACUUAAUUGAGUAUCGGAAAAAACUACGUACAUUGAGGGUCCGAAUGUUAGACGGAACUCUAAAAACACUCCUCGUGGAUGACAGCCAACCUGUCGCAAAUCUUAUGGUGGUUAUCUGUACAAAGAUUGGAAUCACAAACCAUGAUGAGUACAGUUUAGUACGGGAGAGCUCAGAAGAUGAGGUGGAAAACAAGCCCAACUAUGGUACUCUAACCCUGAAACGCAAGAAGGAAGAAAAAGAACGUGAUGCGAAGAUGGAGCAGUUAAGAAAAAAGCUGAAAACAGAUGAUGAAGUGAACUGGAUUGAUCCUUCGAAGACGCUGAGAGAACAAGGCAUUGAUGAGUCAGAGCCAGUUUUGCUAAAACGCAAAUUCUUCUUCUCUGACCAGAACAUUGACUCUCGCGACCCAGUCCAACUAAACCUGUUGUAUGUACAGGCAAGGGACGCCAUUUUGGACGGUACUCAUCCCAUCACACAAGAGGUGGCCUGUCAGCUUGCAGGAAUUCAAGCUCACAUUCAGUUUGGGGAUUAUAAUGAGGCCAAACAUAAACCCCCAUUCCUCGAUUUGAAGGAAUUCCUGCCACAAUCUUACGUCAAAGUGAAAGGAAUCGAGAAGAAAGUCUUCACUGAGCAUGCUAAACAUGUAGGUUUAUCAGAAUUGGACGCAAAAGUUUUAUACACGAAGACCGCCAGAUCUCUCAAGACUUAUGGGGUCACGUUCUUCUUGGUGAAGGAAAAGAUGAAGGGCAAGAAUAAGUUGGUCCCGCGGUUAUUGGGGGUUACCAAGGACUCUGUGUUGCGGUUGGAUGAAAAGACGAAAGAGAUCCUCAAGACGUGGCCGCUGACGACAGUUCGUCGGUGGGGAGCGUCUCCCAACACAUUCACCUUAGACUUUGGCGAUUACUCUGACCAAUAUUACUCCGUACAGACUACAGAGGCGGAGCAAAUCUUACAGCUCAUUGCUGGAUACAUAGACAUAAUCCUGAAGAAGAAACAGUCCAAGGACCAUUUCGGCAUUGAAGGAGAUGAAGGGUCUACCAUGGUUGAAGACAGUGUCUCACCCCUCAAGGCGACUUACUUACAACAUGAAACGAGCAGAGUAGCGAAAGUAAACACAGAAUCAGUCGCCAAACCUGCCAUCAUGAGGGCUACCGAUGGUGCAAAGCCGUACAACAUGGGACAUAUGGGAGGAGCCCAAUACACCACAGUCUCUGGGCAGAUCAACAUUGCUCAUUCUCCGUCCACGGUACAACAGAGUCAAGUUACAAGUGUUUUGUCUGAGCCACAGAGAGCACUGCUGUCUACGAUCACCGCAGGUCACCAAGUGAUCACAACGAUUGAGAAAGAAUUAAUCACCAGAGCUGAGAUACCAGAACUAGGCACUGACCCUGCAUCGCUAAAAUGGAAAGAGACAACUUUGGACACCAACAAGCAGAAUGUGAGCUCCCAGUUGGCUGCCAUGAACGCUGCCACUGCUCAAGUCGUCACUCUCACCUCAGGGUCAGUGGACGAGGUAGACCACACGGCCGUAGGUGCCGCAAUCACAACCAUCACCAGCAAUCUGCCGGAGAUGUCGCGAGGUGUCCGCAUGCUUGCAGCACUCAUGGACGAUGAAGACAACGGAGACAAACUUCUGGAUGCAGCACGCAAGUUGUGCACUGCCUUCAGUGACCUCCUACGUGCAGCCGAGCCUGAGACCAAAGAGCCAAGACAGUCACUGCUAAAUGCUGCCAGCCGAGUCGGCGAAGCCUCUCACAGAGUUCUGACAACAAUCGGAGAUGAGGAUCAAGAAACUCGUGAGAUGCAAGAUACUCUUCUAGGGCUAGCCAAGGGAGUAGCUAACACAACUGCAGCGCUGGUAUUGAGGGCCAAGUCAGUGGCAGGCACUAUGCCUCAAGACCAACAGAACACUGUCAUCACAGCUGCGACUCAGUGUGCCUUGGCUACUUCUCAGUUAGUAGCUUGUGCCAAGGUAGUUGCUCCCACCCUCCAUAGUCCUGCCUGUCAGCAACAGCUGAUGUCUGCAGUGAGGGAAGUGGCUCGCUCCGUCGAAGCUCUCGUCCAGAUUUGCAACGAGAGCUGUCAAGAUGAACACCUUCUCAAGGAACUGAGCAAAGCGGCAGCAGAAGUUACUCGCACGCUUAACCAACUCCUUAACCACAUCAAACUGAGUGGAAGAGAGAGGGCCAGAGAAAGUGUUCAGGAGAGUUCUGUGGAGACCAUCCUGGUAGCGACAGAUCGUUUGUUUGCCUCUCAAGGUGAUGCUGGUGAGAUGGUUCGUCAGGCCAGAGUGUUAGGUCAAGCCACUGCCCAACUGGUACAGGCAAUCAAGGGUGAAGCAGACAAACAGCCUGAUUCAGAGAUUCAACGUAGACUGUUAGCUGCUGCCAAGGUGCUAGCAGAGGCUACAACACGUAUGGUGGAAGCUGCACGCCAGUGCGCCAGUCACCCUCAUGACACUGCACGCCAGCAGUAUCUGCGCCACACUGUAGAGGAACUACGUGCAGCCACAACACUAGCAGCUACACCAGCCCUGCGCAAGACUCUGGUCACUAGGCUCCAGGGAGCUGCAAAGCAAGCUGCAAGUGCAGCGACCCAGUGUAUCUCGUCAGCGCAAGGUGUGGCAGCGCACAACACCAACAAGACCGCCCAAGAUGAGCUGACAGUGGACUGCCGUAGCCUGGCAGAGCACAUACCAGCACUGGUCCAGGGAGUCAAGGGAACCAUCGCUCAACCAGACUCUGCCAAUGCACAACUUCAUCUCAUCAGUGCCAGCCAUCAGUUCUUGCAGCCGGGAAGUCGCGUGGUGUCGAGCUGCAGGGCAGUUGUGCCAACUGUGAAGGACCAAGCAGCAGUGAUGCAACUGUCAGACUCCUCAACAGCUCUGGGAACUGCAUUGAGUGAGCUGCGCUCUGCAGCAGACCGUGCCAAGGAUGCUUGUGGCUCUGUACUAGAAUUAGACGCAGCCACUGAUAUCGUCACUUCACUCAAGGACGAGACUGUACAACUACUCCAUGCUGCGGAGAGAGGUCAACUUCGACCACUCCCUGGAGACACGGUUGACUCAACCACAGUUGGAAGUGCAGCGAAGAACGUCAACUCUAACAUCGCUCAGAUGGUGAGUGCGGCGGCGCAAGGCAAUGAGAUGUACACGGCGCUGGCGGCACGAGACACGGCUCACUCCCUACGAGACCUGACCCACUCUGUCCGUGCCGUGGCUGCCUCGACACAGAACAGAGAAACUCAGCAGCGACUUGUUGUGACAACAGAAGAAGUUCUGGAAAGAUCCUUGAUUUUAAUUGAAGAAGCCAGAAGAACCCUCCAUGACCAGAACAACCUGGACUCCUUGACACAGGCUGCCAAGAAAGUUACACAGUCCCUGAAGGAUUGCAUCAGUGCUUUGCCAGGGCAGCGUGCUGUGGACACUGCUAUUGAUUCCAUCCAUGCAGCGUCGGCAGCACUGGAGCGUGGAGAGUUCCCAGUCUCAGACAAGCCCUACGGUCAGUUGCAGGCUGAACUCAACACUGCAGCUGCUAGUGUCAGUGACGCUAGUACGGAGGUUGUAUCUGCUGUGCGCAGCCCUCAGCAUCUUGAAAGGGCCUCAGGCAAGUUCGGACAUGCUGUGGGAGACAUCCUCGGUGUCGGUAUGGAGAUGGCAGGACAGACUAAGGACACAGAAGUGCGAGGUCAGAUGGUUGUGUCCCUCAAGAAUGUGUCAAUGGUAUCGUCCAAACUGCUAGUGACAGCCAAGCAUGUAGCGGCUGACCCAGGGGCACCCAACGCCAAGAACCAGCUUGCCUCAGCUGCCAGGGCAGUGACAGAUAGUGUGAACUACUUGGUGGAUGUUUGCACAUCGGCUGCGCCAGGACAGAAAGAGUGUGACAACGCCAUUAGAAACAUCCAAGCCAUGAGGCCUCUUCUGGACAACCCAUCGGAACCCAUCAGUGACGCAUCUUACUUUGACUGUCUAGAUACUGUCAUGGACAAGUCCAAGAGCUUAGGUGACGGAAUGACAGGGAUUGCUAACCACGCAAAGCGUUGUCAACACGAGCAGUUUGGGGAAUCUGUGAGAGGUGUGAGUGACUCAAUCUGCGGAUUGGUAGAAGCAGCAGCGCAGGCAGCGUAUCUGCUAGCAGUCAGUGAGCCUAGCAGUGUGGCUGCUAAGCAAGGACUGGUAGAUCAGGCUCAGUUUGCUAGAGCCUACCAGGCUAUCCAGGCAGCGUGCCAAACACUAUCCUCCUCCACCAGUAAUCAGCAGCAGGUGCUGUCAGCUGCUACCGUGAUUGCCAAGCAUACUAGCGCAUUGUGCAACGCUUGUCGUGUAGCAAGCUCCAAAACAGCCAAUCCGGUGGCCAAACGGCACUUUGUCCAGUCGGCCAAGGAUGUCGCUAAUUCUACUGCCAAUUUGGUCAAAGAAAUCAAAGCCCUGGACUUGGACUAUUCUGAACGCAACCGCAAGUCAUGUUCAGCAGCUACAGUGCCUCUGUUGGAUGCUGUGGAGUCACUCGUGACUUUCGCUAGUUCACCAGAGUUUGCGAGCCAGCCUGCACGUAUAAGCGAGGCCGCCCGCGCUGCUCAACAGCCCAUUGUUGAGGCCGGAUGUGCAAUCAUUGACUCCAGCUGUGUAAUGGUCAGUGCUGCCAAGAGUUUGGCCGUUUCACCAAAAGAUCCUCCUACUUGGCAACUCCUCGCCAAUCAGAGCAAGAGCGUCUCUGACUCUAUCAAGAAACUGGUCGCUUCCAUUAGGGACAAGGCGCCCGGACAGAGGGAAUGUGAGGAAGCCAUCACCAAGUUGGGCCAGAGAAUUACGGAGCUGGACCAAGCAGCCCUACUGGCGCUGUCCCAGAAUCUGCCUCCGUCCAGGGACAACAGUUUACAAGGAUUCGCUGAGCAGACAGACAGUGCUGCGGCAGAGCUCUCCGACCGUCUAGAGCCUCUCCGCGCAGCUGCUAAGGCGGAGGCUGAAAACAUCGGCCAUGCGGUGGAGAGACUGGUUGUCUAUUGUGACCCUCUCACUGCUGGAUCUAUCGGAGCAGCCUCCAACAUGGUCCACUCCAAGCAGCAAAUGAUCCUCCUAGACCAGACCAAGACAGUUAUAGAGUGUGCUCAGCAGUUGCUCUACGUCACUAAGGAGUGCGGAGGAAACCCUAAGGCAGUGAAUAUCCACACGGAUGUUGACGAGUGUGUGGCGGGGACAAGGGAAGCAUUGGCGGAGCUAACGGGGACGUUGGCAGAGCUAGCGACCCAGGCUGGAGUUGUAACAGGCCUUAUGGACUCCAUCUCCAGAGCAAUGUCCAGAGUACCAGAUCCCAACACUCCGUUCCAGCGCCGAUCCUUCAUUGCUGAUUCUGCAGAAUCAUUCGUUGACUAUCAGACUAGGAUGGUUGCUGCUUCAAAGGAGAUUGCCCGGCUAUCACAGGAAAUGGUCAGUAAGUGUGGCACCAAUUCUGGCGCACUAGGUACUCUUGGAGGAGAGUUGACGCGCCAUUACACUCAAGUAGCUUCAGAUUGCGCCGGCGCUGGUGCCAGUUCUAGCAAUCCUGAGGUGGCAGGUAGACUGUCGUCUGCUGUGGUGGAGCUGGGUCAGGCAUGUAUUGAGAUUGUACGGUCUGCAGGAAUGUGCCAGGCUCUACCAGGAGACACUGUUGCCCAGAGAGAUGUUGCUGAUCACGCCAGAACUGUGUCUGAGAAGGUGUCCAAAGUACUUGCAGCUCUACAGGCCGGGUCUCGUGGUACUCAGGCUUGUAUCAACGCAGCUAGUACCGUCUCCGGCAUCAUCGGUGACCUAGACACUACCAUUAUGUUCGCCACUGCUGGCACUCUACAUGCCGAGAACGAUGACGAGAAGUUUGCUGAUCACCGAGAGAACAUCCUCAAGACUGCCAAAGCUCUGGUGGAGGAUACCAAGACACUUGUUGCAGGUGCUGCGUCCUCCCAAGAGCAGUUAGCUGUGGCAGCACAGAACGCAGUGUCCACCAUCGUACAGCUAGCCGAGGUGGUCAAGUACGGAGCUGCAUCUCUAGGCUCCAACAACCCUGAGGCCCAGGUGAUGCUGAUUAAUGCGGUGAAAGAUGUUGCCUCGGCCUUAGGAGACUUGAUCCAAGCGACCAAAGCAGCUUCUGGCAAGAAGAUCAACGAUCCCUCGAUGAACCAUCUGAAGGAGUCGGCUAAGGUGAUGGUGACCAAUGUGACGUCGCUACUCAAGACAGUCAAGGCAGUAGAAGAUGAACAUACCAGAGGAACCAGAGCUUUGGAAGCCACGAUUGAAGCUAUUGCUCAGGAGAUCAGAGCUCUCCACAGUGUAGAAGUGACUCGAGUGUCGGCGACGGCAGAGGAAUUAGUCCGCUGCACCAAGCCUAUCACUCUCGCCACAGCUAAGGCAGUUCACGCUGGCAACAGUUGCAAGCAAGAAGACAUCAUUGUAGCUGCCAACAUGGGUCGCAAGGCCAUCUCUGAUAUGCUCACUAUCUGCAAGGGUAACGCUAACACGGCAGAUGGCGAUGAGCUCCGGAGACGCACUCUGCAGGCAGGUCAGGACGUGGCAAUCCAGUACAGAGAGCUUCUACAAGCUGUACUCCACAGUCUGAGCAGAUCUGGCGCCAUCGAAGCCAAGCAGGGUCUGUCUCAUAUCUCCCGGCGCAUCGCACAGUGUGUAACCGAACUGGUGGCUGUGGCACAACUGCUUAAGGGUACAGAUUGGGUGGAUCCAGAUGACCCUACAGUUAUUGCAGAGAAUGAACUUUUGGGAGCUGCUGCCUCCAUCGAUGCUGCGGCCAAAAAGUUGGCCAGUCUACGACCUCGCAAAUCAGUGACACAGGAAGCGGAUGAGAGCCUCAACUUUGAUGAGAUGAUACUUGAGGCUGCAAAAUCCAUUGCAGCUGCUACUUCCGCUUUAGUCAAGGCUGCAUCAUCAGCCCAACGGGAGCUCAUUGACAACGGCAAGGUGUCUCGUAGACCUUUGACCAGCUCAGAUGAUGGCCAAUGGUCUGAGGGUCUGAUCUCUGCGGCCCGGUUAGUCGCUGCAGCUACUCACUCCCUCGUAGAGUCUGCCAAUGCAUUGGUACAGGGAGUCAGUUCCGAGGAAAAGCUUGUGUCUAGUGCCAAGCAGGUUGCGUCAUCCACAGCUCAGCUCCUCGUGGCGUGUAAAGUCAAGGCAGACCCUGACAGCGACAACACCAAACGACUCCAGGCUGCAGGUAAUGCAGUAAAGCGAGCUACGGACAACCUGGUAAGAGCUGCACAACAAGCCAUUCAACAAGAAGAGGAGCGGAGUCUUGUCCUCAAUAGGAGAAUGGUCGGAGGAAUCGCUCAAGAGAUCAACGCAAGGUCAGAAGUUCUAAGGAUAGAGAGAGAAUUGGAAGAAGCUCGCAGUAGACUGACAGCCAUUCGUCAAGCCAAAUACAAACAGAAAGGUGAAAACAGUCCUUCUGAUGGGGAACAGGAUGGAUUUGACUCAUAUAACAGCAGCAGGCUCGACUCUUCUUACGAGCUUUCCUCUCACCAACACAACGUUUCCCACGAGGGUGUCAAUGGCAGCAACGGUCAGGAAGGGUUAGGCAGCAAAAUGUAUGUUAGCAGUGUGGAAAGUCGUUCCAAAGUGUACCCGAUUCCUUCUUCACCUGUCACAUCUAUCUCUCCUAAGCAGGGAUUCACCAUGACUACAGUAGAAAGCAGCACGGAGCGCAGUCCAUUGUCCACGUUAGUCCACAAAUCUUCAUCCUCUAGUUUCAACGGUCUGUCCUCACACUCUGAAAUGACUCAGUCUCUAGAACAGAAGAUGUUCAAACAAACAUUUACGUCUUCACAGACCUCAACUACCAAAUCCUACCGUGUCAACGAAGGCUAAACUCUACUUUCUUAAUAUGUAAAGUACCAAAACUUUCCCACUGUACUUUGUGCUUUUCUAAAGCCUUAAAACAAGCUUUAUUACUGAGGUUUAUUUAUUCGUAGCUUAUUUUAAUCUAAUGACAAAUUUUAACUAUUUAACAGUAUUUGGGUUGUGCCUCUUUCUAUUUGGGAUUUAUGAUUAAUUUGUUCAUCAUAUCUGAGAUAGGUUUAAAUCUAAUAAUUAAAGUAAUACGUUAAAUUGUUGAUUCAAUCCAACUUCACCAUAUUAACAACAAUAUGUUUGAUUUAUUCUUGUAUUUAUGUUAAGAAUGGAAAAUUUUUUAGAUUGGGAUGUUAUAAUUUAGUUUUAUAUAAUUUUCUAAUUAGUGGGAAAAUUUUUUGGAACAAAAUUUUCUUUACAAACGACAAAAUGGUCUUUUCAUAUAUUAAUUCACAUACUUUUUUCAGAAUGUCAGUAUACAAGCAUGAGCUGAAUUAGUGUGUAAUGUCUUGUUCAACAUAAUAAUCACCCCUUAUAUUUUUGUAUUCAACCUUUUAAUCUUAUUUUAUACAUUUUAAAAUUAGUACUUUUUACAAUCAGCUUAUGGAUGUCAUCCAUACUGUAAAAACACUCAGCCUCCAUUUGUGACCUUAUCUUACACAAAGCCUUGUAUAUUAACUAUAGAUUUAUAUAAAUUUUGUAAACUUUCUUUGUGUAAUAUGUUGACACACUGUAUAGGGAUUUACAGUAUGUAUUCACUGUUUAGACUUAAGCUGUACUAUACGUGUAAUAUAGUACCAUUAGGUGGUGUUAUAUUGCCUUAAAUACAGGACAAAUUCAUCUUCUACGUUGGAAUUUUGGUGCUGUAUGAAGCUUAUUAUAUAUUGGUGCUUUGAAACGUUUUACAAGCCAAAUCAUGUACCAAGUAAAAUUAAUGCCUUCUUGUUGAGUGUAUUUAUCUAUUGUAUUAUAAAUGUUACUAAGUUAUUUAGCACCUACAAGCUGAGCAUUUGCUUUGUAUUCAGUAAGUCUAACAUAACCAUUUGUUAAUUUUCUUAAAAUUAAACGCAAUGAAUUUGUAUAUGAAGGUGUUAAUUAAUUGUUUAUGCAUUUUGGUAGUUUAAUUUAUUUGAAAUGAUUGUUUGAACUUAAAUUAUUUGCCAAAGAAAAACUGCUGCAUUUGAUGAGCUAGGAUUCAAAUUUGCAAUUCCAAAUAAGUCUCGUACCUUAAAUCAUUUAUAAAGUAAAAUUAAUUGUUUAUUACCUUACCUUACCUCCUUGGCCACUCAAACCUAAGAAGGUUUUUGGCCUCGCCAACAAGUUGCCUCCACUGCUGCCGGUCUGCCGCCAUGUCAAGUUUACAAAAUAUAUUAAUUGUUUAUUAAUCUAUCUAUUACACAUAAAGUAGUCAUAAAAACUUUGAUAGUGUUCUUUGAAUUAAUAUAAUAAUAUUUAUGUAUUUAUCUUUAUUUGAUUAGCGAAAUGCUUACUUUAAGUUUAUAGAGUUUUUGUUAAGUCUGGAAUACUUGUUGUAGUUUAAAUGUAUAUAGUCAGUUUAUAAUAACUAACAAUUUAGAUUAAACUUGUAAUUAUUUGUUUUGAAUGUACUUUUGACUCACCAUAACAUAUACAGUUGUAUGGUUAAAGUUCAGGUUGUCAAUUAGCUAUUGGCCAGUUAUUUAUGGAAUAAACAAAGGUAAAAUACAGUGCCUUUUUAAGUUGCUUAAGGCGGUGCUUUAUUGUAAAUUUAGAAGUUAAUGUGCAUGUUUUGACAAUGUUGAUAAUUUUAAAAGUAUAUUUUUUAUGCAAUUUAUUGUGAGGGCAUAUUUUACAAACUAUAUACAGUACAAUUGUACAAUUAUAUACAGUAGAAACUUGAUAGCAAGUCAUGUGAAUAAUCAAAUAAAAUUUGUUAUAAAGGUAGGAUUUUUAUUGAAGUUUGCAAUACCAUGUAAUUAGGGGAAACACAAAAUCAAGGGUAUUAAAAAAUUACACUUGUUAUCAAGCGUGACUUGCUUUUAAGUUUCCUCUGUAUAUUUAAUUUCAGUUAAAGUAUCAAAUAAUGUUACUGGUGUAACGUUUUGAUAAAUAAUAUUACAGUUGUAUUAUGCAUGAUGAAUUAUCAAUUUUGUGAUUUCUAGUCGGUGGUGAAUCAGAGUUCUUGAGCAAAAUCAACUUUAAAAUUUAAAUGUCUGUUAAUUGUUAUGACAACUCAGUUACUAUUUCAACUUCCAAAUAGUUUAUUGGUGUUUUAAUGAUUAGUUAACGUAAUCAAUCUCUGUUUUCUGGAAUAAGAAAGAAGAUUAUCUGAACGUAUUAUUCUUGUAGCCAACCUAAGUGAACUACAUACAUAGGCCUUAAAUAAAGAAAACAAAAUACAUACUUGGCAAAAUAAAACAGAUCAGAUUAAAUAAUCUGUGUAGAUUGUAAUAGAUAAAAAAUAGUCUUGUAUGUCACUACUGAUAGUUUUAAAAUUAUAUUAAUGCAAUUAAAAUAAUGCCUAUUCCUCAAACUGAUAGUGUUUUGUUAACACUUUAACAAUUAACAUUCAAAUUUAUGAAUAUAAUUUCCAAUAACA